AAACCCUUUGUUUGCCUUUGCUGAUAAGCCCAAGCCACGCUAUCCCAGAACUCUGAUUUUUUUCAGUGUGGAAGGUCUUUGUUACGUUUAAAGUGAACACAAAUAUUUAAAUUUAAUUAAAAUGUAUGUGUGCGUUUAUUGCCCGGACGACCAAACCCUUUCUGUUCUCGGUCGGAACAGUAAGAGACUAGAAUUCAAGGGUGAGCUGAAGGAGAAAGAAGAAGUGAAAAUGACAUGGGGAAAGAACGAUUACAGAGGAUUCAUUGUUAAAUAUGACGAUGAUGAAGACAAGCUUACAGCAUAUGCAAAUGCUGCAAAUUCAAAAAUUUUAAAAAAAAUGACACAGGAGGACAGUAUAGAAGAUAUGAUUGACAGACUUACAGAAUUUGAGGCAAGCAGGGCAUUGCUACCAAAAAGAAAGCCUGUAACUACUGAAAAGGUUGCUUUAAGUAAAAAGCAGGAAGAGGAGUUUAGCCCCAAGAAGAAAAAAAAGCAAUCAUCAUCUGACAGUGGAAAAUCUGUAUUGAAGAAAACAAAAGUGAAGCAGGUUAAAACUGACAGCAAGGUACAAAAAGAAAUUACAGAGACCGUAAAAAGUGUUGCUGAAAGUGCAUUGCUCAUGCAAUUUCCAGCAGAAAAUACAGCUGAUAGUAAUGAAGAAAAUGAGUCAUCAAAUACACGAGCAAUGCAAUUUCCAGCAGAAAAUACAGCUGAUAGUAAUGAAGAAAAUGAGUCAUCAAAUACAAAAAGUGAGACCUGGGAACGAAAAACCAGACAGAAGUUAGAUUUUUCACAGAGAGAGACAAUUAGCCAGGGUCAGUCUGACACGUCAUUGACAAAGACGUGGGCUUUGUGCACUGGAAAUAAUAAUCCACCAAAUCCACCAGCAGAUAUCUUAAAUUUUUUCAAAGCCUUGGGGAAACCAGAUGUUCAGUCAUACAUAAGUGCAUUUCUGCAGUUCUAUGAUACUUCAGAAGCUAAUACAUCAGAGGAACAACAUGAAAAUGUGUGGACUGAAGAGUUGUCUUAUGUCCAGAUGCUGCCUCCUUUACAGAAUAACCAAGGUUCAUUUGAAACACAGACUUCAGUAGCUACACAAGGUCAAACAAACAUGCAAUCAUUAGAAAAUCCACCUCAUUUAUCUACCACCCCUUUGCAAGACCAGUCAUAUACUGCCCACCAUGCACCAAAUGAGCAUCAAACACCACAAUCAGCAGCACAGCAGCAAUAUUCACACACUACAAUGGCUUCAAAUAUCAAAAGUCCCCAACAAGAAUUUCUUUGGACAUGCACUCCACCGUCUUCUGUACAUCAAAUGCAUCAGUCAACCACACUUUUACAAGAACAGCAGUCUCCAUCCUAUUUUCAAUUUCAAACACCUCACUCAUCAACACAACAGCAAUUAUUGAACAAUCAGCAACCAUCAACUGUAUACAGUUCUCCACAAUCUACAUCACUACAGUCACAAGUCUUACAUCAUCCACACCAAACAUUUAAUAAGACAUCAAGUGAAAGCCCACAACCUCAAAUGUUACAGUCUGAGGCAAGUUCGGAAGCAGCCCGAAGGUCCCCAAGGAAGCAUGCAACAGAUUUUGUUGCUGAAUCACCAGAUUUAAACGGAAAAGUACGACUCCUGGCAAAAUAUGACGUGAAGGUGAAUCAUAGGCUGCUUAGAAAGGCCACAAGAGCUGCCAGCAAUGCCAGUAUUGAAAAAGCAGGUUACAAAUUAGCAUCAAAACUGAUAUGCCUCCUGUUCAGUGAGCAAGAGCUUGCAGUUUCAUGUGGCCAAGGAAUGAGAGUGAAAAAAGGAGAUGUAAGACCAUCCUUGGACAGUGAAAGACUUGAAGUUUUGAGAGACUAUGUAAUCGCAUGGUGUAGAAAGAAUAACAAAGGGACGCCAAAGGACAGGGAUAUAAAUGAUGCCGUUACGGAACAGAUUAGCUAUGCCCGAAAGAAAUGUCGAACAUCUGCUAGUGCUGUACAUAAGAAAUGAAUACGUACAAGUGUUAAGUGAAAAAUGUGGACUUGUGUUGUAAAAAAAGUUACAUGACUUGAUACUGAUCUUGUGCCAAGUUAAUAUUUUUUUAAAGUCUCUGAGUAUAGUGGUCAUAAAUAUUAAUCUAUUAUAUGAUAACACAGGGUGUUUCACCACAAACUGACAUUCAGCAUUUUGAUUAAUUUCAAAUUAUAUAUAUUCUUCACUGGUUUAAAACUGAAUAUUGUGUCACAUUUAUUUAUGGCCUUUUUGCAUUUUAAGUAAUUUCAUUUUAAAUGAUAUGUGGACUAACCUUCAUUUUUAUAAUUACUUUAAUUAAUUCAACGUUCAUUAAUAUUACUGUUAGGACAUAGAUAUUUGCAUGCAUUAUGUAAAAUUGUAACAGAUGAUUCUUGGCAAAUUAAAAUUGUUUGACAUGUACAAAUUUUAUGUUUUUUGAAAUAAUGAUUUUAUUAAUUCUUAAAAAUGCUACAAGCAUUUUUAUUCAGACUGAAAGGCAGACUUUUUCCUGCUAAUUUUAUUGUCUUUUUCCUUCUAAUGAAAAGGUCUUAGGCGGAUUUUUUUCCUACUAACUUUAUGGAUUUUUCCGCCUAAUAAAAAGCCCUUAGGUGGAAAUUUUUCCUGCUAUGCAGGUUUUUACUAUGCUAACCAGAAUCCGCCUUACUAAGAGGAAAGAUUUUUCCGCCUAAUAAAAAGCCCUUAGGCGGAAAUUUUUCCUGCUAUGCAGGUUUUUACUAUGCUAACCAGAAUCCGCCUUACUAAGAGGAAAAAUUUGCAUAUUUCGAGCCCUAUUCUCCCUAAGUUCCUCCUAAGGCCAGAUUACGCUUUAUAGUACACCAAAGCGGAAACCGCUUAUAUACUGGAGGCGGAUUCCGUGUUAAUUCUGGGCGUACUUUUUCG